GGAAAGCUUGGAAGUCGGCUGACCAACCAGGGAUAUGGUGCGGCAUCAUCAUGUGACAGCCUUGGACCUAUCUCUCCCCAAGCAACCCUCUCAAAUCAGAGGCGAGAGGUUCUGUCCUGGACCCGAUGUUGAAAGGCUUAUUAUCAUGGCCUGUGGUCGCUUGUCCUCACGGAGUUCCUCUCUCGGAAAUAUUUCUCGCCAACCAUGUCCACUCGUUUAUCUCUUUUGCAUUCCCCAGAAUUUGGGCGUACAUAUUUACUACUAUACAAUCAACGAGUCGACAAAUCAUCGUGAAGGUGACGCGACCCGGAACAGACAGUCAGCAGCCGGCGUCAGGAGGACCGAGCGCCCUUUGCCUAGAAUUUCCCCCACUUCUAUCUCCCUCAGGCAUCAUCAAGCACGUCCGGCGGACCUCUCUCGGGCUUCAGGGCUCAUCUCUUCUCUCCCUUAUCAACCCCCUUCUGAAGAGAAAACCCGUGACACGAAACGUGACCCAUCAUCACGUGUCUAUCGUCAACAAGCGAUUCAGUUGUAAGUCACCUCAUGGUCUUCGAGCCUUCGCGAACAUCAAACAUGCCGCAUCGCACAUACCCAACCGGUAGCAUUAUCACUGGACACGCGCGUCGUCGUUGUCGCAACGCGUCAGCGACAUGACUGUCGCGAUCACGAUGCGUGGUCUGGUCGCUCUCGUGAGGCGAGACAAAGGCUGCGACGGAGGAUCGUCUCUGGAAGUGUUCAACAUAACUCCAGAAAGAGACAUAGGAUCCACACGGCCAUGGCUUCGAUGUCAAUGUCGUGCUGCUGUUAUUGAUGACGCAUUCGUACGCACAUGCGACAUGUACUAACACCGUGUGUAGACACUUUCAUA